AUGGUUUUUGAAAAAUCACAAUACUAUUCCACUCUUGUUUGCUCUCCAGCUCCAACGAACAAACUCUCAUUUUCGCAAUUUGUAAAAGAUUUUAGUAGAUAUACUUGGUCAGCCAUUUGCACCGGAUUUGGACCAUUUGCUGGUACUUUAUUUGGUGGUUGGUUCAUCACUAGACAACAAUCAGAGUUUGAAUUGAAUAGAAAAAUGGCCCAAGAAGCCUCUCAUUUGGAAGGACAAAUUAUAAAGAAACACACAGCUUAUAGUAAAUGCAUGGGUGAGAUUAAGGCCUUUGAAUUGAAGGUUGGUCACUUGGAUUAUGCAGAAGUAUUUUCGAAAAAGAUGAAGGAGAGUCCAAGAGAUCUAGAAAUUACAAGAAUUAAUGAGUGCAGAGGAUUGACAAUAGAUUGGUGGGAGAUGGUUCAAACUUUCCACACAAGGUAUGGCAUAGAGCCUGAAUUGAAAAGAGAAAGAUAUAACGAACGAUUUCAACAUUUCAAAACACUUGUCGGUCCUCUUGAUAGGUUAUUGGAAGGCAGAAACGAUUUAUUGAACACAAUUUAUCACUUUGAUCCCUCAAAGCCAAGAAGUGAGCCUCCAAAAUAA